GUGCCACCGUUUCAAUCAGACCGUUCAUUCGCCGCACUGCCAUAUACCGCAAUCCCAUUUCUCCUCUUGUCAUUAGUAUCGGGCGAGCUUUCCUUCUGCCAACCUUCGUCAUCUUCCCUUGCGAACGAUCGAAACCCUAGCUAGAAAUGGCGAAGGAUCGAGACGGAUCCAUUCCGGAGGAAGAGAAGGAGUUGCAAGAGCGAGGCGAUGACGGCGCUCAUCGCGGUCGCCACAAGAAAUCCAAGCGGAAGGAGGAGACGGAGAGCGAGGAGAGUUCCGGUGGUUCCGGCGACGACAGAGUUCGAUCAAAGAAGAAGAGGCGGCGGCACCGGAGCUCCAGGAAAGGCCAUAGAAGGAGAGGCCGUGCCUCGGGGAGCGAGUCUGAUGAUUCGACUUCUUCCGAUUCGUACACGGAGUCCGAGACGGACGAGUCCGGCAGCGAGUCCGAGUCGGAGGAGAGCGACGGCGAGGCAAGGAAGAGGAGAAGGAAGGAGAAGCGGCGGCGAGAGAGGGAGUCUGAGAAGGAGCGGAGGAGAAGGAAGGAGCGGGAGAAGGAGAGAAAGAGGAGGGAGGAAGAGAAGGAGGCGAAGAGGAGGAGGAAGAAGCGCAAGGAAAAGAAGAAGGAGAAAGAAGAGGCGAAGAAAGGGGCAGUCACCAAUUCGUGGGGGAAGUAUGGCAUUAUCAGAGAAAUCGACAUGUGGAAUAAACGACCUGAGUUUACUGCUUGGCUAUCAGAAGUGAAACAGGUGAAUCUGGAAGCAUUGUCAAAUUGGGAAGAGAAACAAAUGUUCAAAGAGUUUAUGGAGGACCAUAAUACGGCUACAUUUCCAUCCAAGAAAUACUAUGAUUUAGAUGCCUAUCAUCGACGUAAGAUAGAAAAAGCGAUGAAAAAAGGCUCAAAGAAAUUCCAAGAGAUGGAACGUACAGUUUUUGAUGAUGAAGAACAGCGUAGAAUUGAAUUGCUGAGGGAGCGUGAAAGACAAAAAGAAGAACAAGUAGAGGCUUUGAAGCGCUCAAUGCAAAGUGGCAUGGCUCAAGCAAUGAAGGAGCAGUCUCGUUUAAGGGAAGAAAUGAUGUAUCAGUAUAAGUUGGGAAACUUUGAGGCUGCAGCUGCUAUCCAGAAAAGAUUGGAUCCUGAUGUUGCUAUGUAGAAAAUCUAAUCUGCUUGGAUGCAAGCUGCUCUGAAUACUCAUCUGUUCUUUGGUAGGAUAUCUUUAAAAUUUUAUCUGAGUGAUCAAUAGACGGUUUUGAUGUAUUUUGAGUUUGCUUGUCCUGUGCAAAAAUAUGGGCAAGGUGCUUGUCCUAUCACGUUUGUAUGAGAUUUCAUGUUAUCUUAAUUGCUUGCAAAUUAUAUAUUAAGUUUCAAAGAUCACUUGAAUUUUUCA